UGGUGCGCGUGCCAUUUAACAGCUGUUUGCUCAUCCGUAGAACUUGGACCAAGAAUUUGGUUUAAUAUUUUUUUAACGAUCGCCGGAACGCGUAUCUGCCAAAAUGAGCCAGAGACGCUAAGGUAGCAAUUGUGCAGUGUAUGAUGGAAACGCUGCCAUGCGCCAGCGAAGUGGCGCAAAUGCAGGGACACCAGCACCAACAGCAAUCCGACAGCCUUGUGAGCAUCAAACGCGUAUCGUUACCAUUUGGCAGUCACAGCCUUAUGGAAGCCGUCAUUACCAAAGCGGACGAUGUAUCCCAAAUUCUGAAGUCGCAGAAAUCACAACACACAGACUCACUAGUAGAGAACGCGGCCCAACUCGUCACACCCAGCAACAGCAGCAUGGAUAGCUUGUGCGAGAGUGUCGUGACCAUACCCAAGGAGUUAAUACUAAUCUCAUUGGUAUCACAGGAGCAAGCGCUCUAUAAUCCAAAGCACCAACUUUACCGAAGCACAAAAAGCAAGGACGAGAAAUGGAACCAUAUUGGAAAUCAAGUUGGGUGGUCAGAUGCACAAUGCAAGGCGAAGUGGAAGGCUAUGAGGGACCAAUAUUGUCGCGAACUGAAGCGCGCUAAGGCCAACAAAGGCAAUGUCAAGUGGAAGUACUUUAAGGAGCUGGACUUUCUGCGUCCUUUUGCGCUGGCUCGCAACUAUCGCUCACGCGGUUCGCAGAAUAGCAACAGCAACAGCAGCCAAAACUUAAAUCUGAGCACAGAUAACAACAGAUUUUCUAAUAUUAAAAUAGAGGAAACGAGCGCUUCGCUGCUAGAGAAUUGCAGCUUUGCGGCCACCGCCACAACAACAGUGACCACAACAUCCACCCAAACGGCGGGUGUGGAUAAAAAGUCGGACUCCACCCGCGGACUAAUGAAUGCUUUUAUCUCUGGCCAAAUCAUACAUCAACAGCAUCCGCAACAGGACACCAAUUGGAACUAUUUAACCGACACCAGUGGCAAUGGUGUUAGUUCAGCCACAUCCAUAACUGUUACCUGCGAGACGCCAAAUACAACAGCUGGUGAUACCCUGUACAAUGAGUUUGUAGAUUGCGUCAAUGCUGCAAACGCCGUCUCGCAAUCAUCAACGUCGCACAACACACAUCAAACGCACGCUGAUGAAGAGGACGACGAUCCCAUACACACGUUUCUCAACAUGGAGAGCUAUUUUGAGAAGGAGCUCAUCACAUUGAUACAACAGGAGGACAUGAUCUACAAUUACAGCAAUCAAAACUAUCGGAAUGUGAAACUGAAGCUCGAAGCAUGGGAUGAAAUAUCGCGUAAGCUGAAAAAGCCAGUCAAGCAGUGUCGUCAAAAGUGGAAGGCCCUGCGGGAUCAAUAUGCGCGUGAAUACAAGCGUCUGAAAACGCAGAUGCAUGUGGAUGCCAUCUCACGCUGGAAGCAUUACGACUCCUUGGGCUUUCUCCAAAAGUACAUACAACAGAAGUCACUCGAUGGGGAUACAUUAAAUAUGCUGCUGCCCAAGCAUGAUUCAGUGGUCGAGUCUGACGAACAUUUGGAUCAAUCUCCCUUACGCCAUGCGGAGCCCCAGGCCAGCACAUUGGAGGCAUCUUCCAGUAACUCGUCGCAGCUAAAUAUGUCCGCACUUCCGCCACUCACAGGCCCACAUAAGGCAGAGUUGUCCAUCUCAAUGCAGCAGUCACAACAACAGCAACAAGAAGUGCAGCAAGCUAGUGAGCUGUGCGUGGCCUCUUAUGAUGAAAUGGAUAUUGUGGAAAACUAUAUAAAUGGCAAUGUGACGCACGAUGAUGAUGAUGAAGAGGACGAGGAUGAAGAUAUGGAUGCCACAGCAGCAUCUAGCGAGCAACAGGCACAACAGCAUCAACAACAGCAUGUGGUUACCUAUGACAAUGAGGAGGAUCCGGUCUAUAUGGCCGUAAGCAAUGCGCUGUCGAAACCAGAACAAUUGGCUAAGACAGGCAGCAACCUGGAAGCGCAACAGUUGCAUCAACAGCUACAAUCCAGUAGCGAUUAUUCACAAAAGCUAGAGGUGCACACGCCACCAUUGAGCAGCACACGAUUUCAAACAGCGGCCACCACGCCAUCAACGCCUAGUCAGGCGGCCUUUCCCAUGGGCGGCGCCCCUUCUGCACCUGCGGAGGAGGAUGAGAUCGGCGCCUUCUUCAAAGCCGUAGCCAUGAAAAUACGCAACGCACAUCUGGAGCCAGUGGCCUUUACAGAUCUGCAGAUUGACAUAUUGCGGGUGAUCAACGAGGCACUGCGUAAUCACUAGCCAGCCAUACAAAAGUGAAGAGAGAUCUCGAUGAACCAAGUCCCCUCCCCCAUAUGUUCCCUACAAAAAGAGAGAAUGGUUUCACAGCGUUGCGCAUUAUUAGUUCAUAAGUGUUAUUUGAAAAAUGUUUUUUGGCUAUAUAGCUGCGAUUUUUCUUUGUAAAAAUCUUUUAUUUACUUUGUCACUUUUAAAUUUCUCACACACGUCCAAACACACCCACAAAAAGAAACAAAAAACACACCCAAGAACUUAACGGAAACAAACGUAUGCAUAAGA